GUCACUGCCUCCGCUCGCCAGAGAUCCUGGAAGGAGAAGCUCUUCGUUUUAGAAGGACUCUCCUGGACAGGACGUCAGCCGACCCGCAACAACGACACCUGGGCACGCGAGUGUUCGCGGAGGCUGAUGAGCAGACGACCCCCAGCAGAACUUUGACCCACAACAGGCUGAAAAGUAAGCCCCAUUCCUGCCCAAAGAUGAAAAAUAUCUCCGUUGGCGCUGUCCUCACUGCUGCCUGGAUGUUCCUCACCGUGCCGUGUGCCGUAGGUUGGAUCGGCCCACAGCCGAGCCAUAAUGUCUGGGUAACCUUAGCAAGAACAUUAAAACAGGAUAACAUGUGCUUAUCCAUGGGGAGCAUUGAUAACCCACUUUCCACAUGUCUAGUAGGAAUUCCUUUUGUAGCCGAUGAUUGGCCCGCCUAUAAUUCAGAGCUUCUCCGCACCACAGGUAAGAGACCCCACCAGGUAGAAACUUGGGACGAGUGGACAAAAAUACUGCCCAAUGCUCUUGAGGAACCUCAAGAAUUGGAUCUAUUGGGGUCCUCUAAGGCCACAUUCUGUGUCAAAUUUUACUUUAGACGUCCAAAGAAUAAUUUGCCUGAAAUUGAUCUGAACAAAAACACAUACCGAAAAGACAUAUCACCAAUUAACAAAGCCUACAACCCUCACGAUUGGUGUAAUUACACUGCUCGUGUGAUCUCUGUGUCCUCUCUCCAUCCCAAAAUUCUACCCAAGGGAACGUUUCUCAUCUGUGGUGACAGAGUAUGGGCUGGAAUCCCCUCACGACUCCAGGGAGGUCCCUGUACCCUAGGAAAACUUUCCACCCUUACUCCAAAUAUCACCUUGUUGCACAAUUGGAAAAAAGAGAGCGAGUUAAAACGCCACAAAAGGUCCUACACAGCAUUUGAUGAAAAUUGCGAUCCCAAAUUAUACGAUUGGAACAAACCUAAAAAGAUAGCGGUCUCUAUAUUCCUACCAUGGGUAGCUGCAGCUAAGGCCCUGGGUGACAUAAAUCACCUUGGGUGCUGGCUCAGUAAGCAGGCUAACGCUACUUCUGCUGCCCUGAGCGAUCUCUUAAAGGAAGAAGAAACCACAAGACACGCCUCACUCCAAAAUCGAGCAGCGAUUGACUUCCUGCUGCUUGCCCACGGACAUGGCUGCGAGGACUUCGAAGGGAUGUGCUGCUUCAAUCUCUCUUCACGCUCGGAAUCCAUCCACGCCAACAUCCAGAAACUGAAGGGACUUGUGAAGGACUUAAAAGUAGAACAGACCCCAGACUGGGUCAAUGACCUCUUCGGUCAAUGGGGAUUAACGGGAUGGGUUGCAUCUUUGGUUAAGGGAAUGUUGUGGAUUUUUCUUGUAAUUGUCAUCGUGUUACUUAUGUUCUCAUGCCUUGUCCACUGUUUUAAAAGAACCAUAGGGAACGCCUUUUUUCUAAAUACAGAAAGUGGAGUUGUAGCAGGCACAAGGCCUGCAAGGCCCUGGCGAACAGAAGCCUGAGCUAGGAAAUACCAAAGUCAGCAUGACUAAGGAUUUUAGAAGCCCCUCUCUUCCGCCUUCGGACCCUGUUAUCUCUCUGUAGACUCAUAGGCCACUUUUUCCCCUGACCCUUACUAUUGGACAGUUUUCAAUCCCCCUAUAAGGUAUAAAAACCCCUAGCCCUGCCCGGUUCGGCAGAGGAGAGCUGUCCCUGGACCCUUCGCGGAGACCCCAAUAAAAGAACCCUGCGGAACCCAUACAGCGCUGCUCCUCUCUCUCUGCGUCUGCUGCGGCUAUACCCAGGGUGACGGCCCCAGGCAUGCUGAAAGAGCUGAAAUCACUAAAGAGCUGAGCUGCAAAUCACUAUAGCUGCCUGGGCUGCCUGAACCCCCGCUGGGCGAUCCUGGACCCUCGUUGAGCUAUCCUGGACAACCGGCCUCCCC